GUUGCCAAGCCGUGAAAACGGCACCGACCUGACAAAGAUAACAAUAUACAUUGAGAUAUAACAUAUAGCGGAAGUUACUAGAGACAUUCUAUUUGUUUAACAGCAUGCGUUGCAUAUUAAAGUGAUCCAAACACAGCAGUUAAAAGUAAAAUGUAAUAUUCAAAAAUAAAUGAACACUAAAACGCCUGCAGCCCCGUGAAUAAUAGAAACAUCAAUAUAAUAUCUGACUUGUACCAACUGCUAAGCUCUGGUUACCACCAACGCACUCGUAACAAAAAUGUCGCCAAAUUGGCUCCUGUUUCUUGAGAUCCUUAUUUUAUUGACAGAAAGUUCGCAGAGCGCUUCAAAGAGGUUCUUUACAGAUUUCCUUCAGGAUCUGCCAACACCCGGCACAGGUGGACCUACCUUUGAUACGACCAUAACCAGUAACAUUACCGGUCUUGUGGGCAAAACAGUAAAAUUAACCUGCCGUGUAAAAAAUCUGGGAAACCGUACGGUUUCCUGGGUCAGACACCGAGAUAUACAUCUACUAACCGUGGGCCGUUAUACGUACACAUCAGAUCAGCGCUUCGAAGCGAUGCAUUCGCCACAUGCUGAAGACUGGACACUUCGUAUUCGUUAUGCUCAGCGUAAGGAUUCAGGCAUAUACGAGUGUCAGAUCUCUACAACACCACCAAUUGGUCACUCGGUAUAUUUAAAUAUAGUGGAGCCUGUUACCGAAGUUGUCGGCGGCCCUGAGCUACACAUUAAUAAGGGUUCUACUAUUAAUUUAACUUGCAUUGUUAAAUUUGCACCCGAGCCACCCCCCACCGUCAUCUGGUCGCACAACCGUCAGAUUAUAAAUUUCGAUUCACCCCGCGGCGGUAUAUCCCUUGUAACUGAAAAGGGUAUUCUGACAACUAGUCGACUUCUAGUGCAGAAGGCCAUCCAGCAGGACUCUGGCCUUUAUACAUGUACACCAUCAAAUGCCAAUCCGACGUCGGUGCGGGUGCAUAUCGUCGAUGGCGAGCAUCCUGCGGCUAUGCAUCAUGGAAAAUCUGCGCCCUUACAGCCGCCGGAAUUUCUUUUACUAGUACUACUUUCUUUCGGAUUAUUGUUCUUUUUGAAGUCGAACACCCUGUCCAUCCAUCAAGCUACCACCUACUACAAUACAACUGCAAUAACCAAAGUAAUUCAACAAAGCUCAAUCGUCCUAGUAAACUGCCGAAAUCAGCAGCGUCAACGAGCACUCCGAAAUCAAUUCGAUAGUGACCAUAUGCCACCAACUACAUAGCUACCUGGAACAGGAUGUGGGUGUAGCUAUACAAGCACAUUUUAAUUUUUUUGGAAGGAUUCUGAAUUUGUCUUGUGCUUGACGGUGGUAUCGCUGAAGACUACAUUGGCCAACAAAGAAAUGUUUAUCUGUAUUCCAAAGAUAGUGUCUAAUAAUAGGUAUUGAUUGUGGUAGUUGGUGUCAAAGACCACGUUUGAA